AUGUCGCUCCUCUUCCGCACCGCGCCCAUCGCCGCGCGCACCACGGCGCUGCGCUCGUCGUACUCCAGCGUCGCAGGUACCGCCGCAUCGGUCGGCUCCUCGGCCGCCGGGCAGGUGGCCAAGUCGACGGCAUCCGAAGCCGCCACGGCCGCACGCUCCACCGCCUCUGAAGCCACCACCGCCGCGCGCGCACACGCAAAGGAGGCAAAGGCCGACGUCAAGUCCGCCGCUGCCUCCGUCACACCCUCGGCUCCCAUCGUCGUCGGACGACCCACGGUCCGAAGGCCCGUCGCCUCGGUCCGCGGCGGCCUGCUCGGAUUCCUCCUCGGAUUCGGCCUCGCUUCGGCAUACGGCUACUACUACCUCCUCAAAGAGUACAACGCCGCCUCCAACCUCAUGCUCGCCAGCGUAGAGGAGCUCCAGGGAAGCACUGAAAAGAUCACGAGCCACCUGGCGCGUCUCAACAAGCUCGAGGCCGACAUCAAGGCCCUCUCCAACUCGUCGGUCACGCGCGCCGACGCCGACAAGUCGCGCGUCGAAAUCAAAAAGAUUGUCGAUGGCCUCCACUCCGAGGUCGAGGACAUCCGAAAGAGGGUCAUCGACCUGCCGAGACCUACCAAGUACAUGCAGUAG